AUGGCGCCAAUUGCCGAACCCAGGGCCGAAUUGGCUCCGCUGCCCAAGGCAGACGGCUCAGCAACAUACUCAUACAGCGGCUACACCGUGACUGGCGCCGUCAACGGACCGAUCGAGGCCCAACGGCGCGAUGAGAAUCCGUUUGAGGCUCUCAUCGACGUCAACGUCCGCCCUGCGGCGGGUGUGGGAGCUGACGAGGGCAUCUGGCGGGAUACAGGCACGGCGGAGAGACUGCUCGAGUCGAUUCUGCAGCGAGCGCUCCGGCAGCUCAUCCCCAUCAGAAACUUUCCGCGCUCCAUGAUUCAAAUAACGCUGCAAGUCACGGAGACGCCCGAAAACGCUUACGCAAACACCAAAGUGGUUCAGGCCCAGCUGAACCUCGCCAUCAUCCCCGCGUUGCUGCACGCCGCCAUUCUCAGCCUGCUCACGGCGGCUAUUCCUCUCAAGACGAUUGCUACGGCCGUCACGCUCGCUGUGCCCAGCGACCACGGAGACGGCAGCAGCAGCAGCAGCAGCAGCAGCAGCAGCAGCAACAUCGUCGUGGACCCCAGCGCGCGCGAGGCCGACACGGCCCGCUCGCUGCACGUCCUGGGCUACACGGCGGACAACGAGCUGCUGCUGGCGGAGAGCCAGGGCGCCUUUAACGUGGACGAGUGGGAGGCGGUGCUGCAGACGGGCCAGCAGGCGUGCUGCCGGGCGGUGCGGCAGGAGCUCGGGGAGGACACGGCCAUGGCGGACGGCGGGCUCGAGGCGCCGAGCAUUCGAGCCUUUGUGCGGUCGGUGAUGGAGACCAAGAUUGCUGAGGAUUUCGCUUGGAAGUGA